AUGCAAUCGCUGCAAAAUAUGCUACACAAAAAUACAAAGGCGAAAGCUCUGUGCAAAGUCAAGUGCAAAACUGAGCUUAGCGCAAUUGUUCUUCCUGCAACAACAACAGCUCAAAAAAUGUCAAUGCCCGGAAGUCUUUUAAAUGAUGUUCAAAGCGUUCUCUUAGCGGAAAUAUAUAAACAGUAUUCUUGUCUUUGGGAUGAAACAGAUAUAGCAUACAGAUUCGGCAAUAGACGACGAGAAGCUGUAAAAGCUGUUCACGAUAAAUUUAAUAAAAAAACAAGUUUAAGUCUGACACGUUACGAUAUCGGAUGUGAAAUUGGACGACUUCGAAAAAUAUGCUCUCAUGAAAAAAGACUAAAAAUAUUAUGCAAACAACAAAAUAAGAACUAUAGGCCAAGUUGCAAAUUUUAUGAACACAUUUCAUAUCUCGAAGUAGAUGUUACUCCCUAUGAAUGUUCGAUAUGUGGGAAAAUAAGUGCGGGCGUAUGUCAGUACAAAGUGCAUGUUGCAUCUCAUGAUGGUUCACUUCCAUUUAAAUGCCAUGUGUGUGGUCAUGGUUUUAAGUUGACCACAAAUUUAUCGGUACAUUUACGAAGGCAUGUACACGACUACUUAUAUAAAUGUGAGGUAUGCAGCAAGCCGUGCGCAACGACCACAGAAAUAAAAAUCCAUAUGCGCUCACACACCGGUGAAAAGCCAUACGUUUGCGAUGUCUGCGGUAAAAAUUUUCGUACUUCGUCAAAAAUUAAUAUGCACAUGCGAAAGCACGAGAAUAAGCCUACCCACAGGUGUGAAAUAUGCAAUAAGGGUUUCUAUAGCAAAGGUUUUUAUAGAGAACACAUGAAAGUGCACCAAAAUGUGCGAGAUAAAAUUUGCAAUAUUUGUAAUAAAGGUUUUACAAGUACCAAGCAUCUGCGACAACACAAACAGAUCCAUGCUAUAGAAAAGAAAUAUGCCUGCAAGAUCUGUGAUAAACGAUUUGCUCAAUAUGCCGGUUUGAGUGCUCAUAUGAAGUCACAUGGUACAACAUUAGUUGCAGCAAGUUCAAAAGGCUCUAUAGUCAUGCUUUAAAGUAAAAUACAAUUAUAGUGUUUCUCUAUUUGGUUAGUGAACAAAAAAGUAAUCAUUUUAUAUUUAAACACAAAUAACUGUAAUAUAAUAACAAACACUAUUGUCAUACCGAAGCAAACAAUUUAUGCAAAGUAUUGAGACACUUGCCGAAAUGCAGACUAGAUGAAAUUUAAAUACAAAUGUAUCAUACAUACGUUUCUUGAUUGUCAUACCCGAAUCGAUCGA